AUGGCGCUGACGGGGGAGAAGGACGUGGCCAGCAUGGCGCGCCAGAUCGCGGACGUGACGAAGCGCGACGGCUGGAAGUCGGACAAGAGCGUGGUGCCCGAGAUGCAGCGCCUGCUGGGGCGGCUCACGACGCUCACGGUGGACAGGGACCUGCUGACGCGCACCAAGAUCGGCGCGGCCGUGAACAAGCUCAAGAAGCACGACGACGAGGUGGUGCGCGGCUACAGCACGAGCCUCACCAAGAAGUGGAUGGACCAGGUGGGCGUCACCACCAAGACCAGCAGCAGCAGCAAGACCAGCAGCAGCAGUGGCAGCAGCAGGCUGCGUGCGCCCAGUCCGUCGCCGCCCAAGCAAGAUUCAGGGGAUCAGAAGAGGCUGGAGAGCGCCAGGAAGAGGCUGCAGGAGGGCUACGCCAGUGAGCGCGCCAAGAGGGACUCCAGGACAGUGCAGGUGCUCAGCGGGCCUAUUGCUAAGGGACGUAGGGGAACGACGGUAUCCACUGCGCCCUCCAGGAGCUCUAUUGGAAGAGCGCAGCUGGCGCAACGUCGUCCGCUUUCCGGCGCCAACCACAGAGCGGCGUCUGCACCGCCAGUGGCUCGGCGGGUCCUGCCCGCGUCCAGAGUUCAGCCACAGGCCAGACGUCCGCCGACGUCACUAGCCAACAUCGCCUCGUCAUCGAGAGGCGGAUCGGCUCCGAGGGAUCUGCCACCUGCUGUGGACGCGCGCAAGGCGAUGCUGGACAAAAUGUACCCGCGCGUGUGCGGCGUGGGUGCGUCUUCAAGCAGCAGCAGCAAGACGGCCGGUGGGGCCAAGAAACGGACCAGCGCCGCUGCCAAGCGGAAGGAGGUGAACUACUCAGAGAGCCAGCGAGAGGUGAUCUCAUGGCUGAAGGGCUUGAGCGUCGACAUGAGCGAGUACGCUCCAGCUUUCUUCGAGAACGGCUUCGACUCGGUGAAGCUGCUCAGCACCAUCGAGAAGUCCGACCUGCCGUCACUGGUGCCCAAGAAGGGCCACCACCGUUUGAUCCAGCAGGCUCUGGACGACUUGCGGCAUAAGCACUCGACCUCCGCGGCCUCGCAGCGCCGUGAUCGUUUCCAGAAGGAGUCGCGCAUGCGGCGCCACGACCCGUUCGAGGACGAGGACUCGGACGACAGCUUUGUGGUGAGUGACGAUGGCGAGUACCGUCCUGGACACAUUGCGGCCAUGUUCCGCAAGAACCGGAAGCGGCGAUACUCGAUCGACUCGGACGACUCGAUCAACAUGGAGGCCACGUUCGACGAGAUUCAGAAGGAGGAGAAGCGCAGUGCUCUGUAUGGCGAGUACGAGGACUUCAGGGAGGAUAUGCGCAACAAGAAGAUGCUGAAGAAGAAAAAGGCGUGA